UCUAGAUACCCGGAGGCGGACACCUCGUUUUCGAAUCGUCUCUUUCGCAAUUCACGACGCAUGCUCUCGCGCUUCUUCUAGCUCUCCUAGUACCUUCUUUUCCCCCAAGCAACCAAGCGGUGUAUGCACGCAUUAUCCCCUUCGCCUCUUCUUCCGUCUCUCCCCUCUCUUCUUCUUCUCCUUCUUCAGCUAUCGGGUCAGUAGCAGUGUACCAGGAGUACCGGCCACCAACCACACAAGCUCAUCUCCAAGGAACGAAGCUUUAUUUCCCCCACGGACUGGUCCGAUCGGAUGGGUCAAGACGAGCGGCAGGAUCGAGAAGUGGCACCGCAGGCACAGAUGGAGCAGGAGGAGCGCCAGGGGCCGGAGACGGCGGCCCACGAGGCGAUCUUCUCCUGCGACUACUGCAGCGGCGCCCGCGCCGUGGUCUACUGCCGCGCCGACAGCGCCAGGCUCUGCCUGCCAUGCGACCGCCACGUGCACGCCGCCAACGCCGUCUGCUCCCGCCAUGCGCGCGCCCCGCUCUGCGCCGCCUGCAGCGCCGCCGGGGCCGUCUUCCGCAGCGGCGCCACCGCCUUAUUCCUCUGCUCCAACUGCGACUUCGGGAGGAACCGCGAAGGCGAGCAGCCGCCGCUCCACGACCGCUGCACGGUCCAGGCCUACACGGGCCGGCCCUCGGCCCACGACCUCGCCGCGCUCCUCGGGGUCCCCGACUUCGAGAAGCCGCCGGCCGACCAGGGUUGGUGGACCAUCUGGGAGGAGCCCCAGGUGUUCAGCCUCCAGGAUCUCAUCGUGCCCACCACUUCCUGCCAUGGAUUCCAGCCCCUCGUCACGCCCUCGUCCCCCAAGAACCAGGGCUCGCCGGACGGAAAGACGAACGAGGAGGUCAUACGACAGCUGCGCGAGCUUGCCGAGGCCGACGGCGGGGCCGUGCAGAUAGCGCCUCGGGAGGAGGCAGAGCAGGGUGCCCAUCAGUUGCCAUCGUGGGAGCCGUCAGAGCACAUCACUGGAAGUGGAAAUUUUGCCACGGAGAACAGCCAUGAAGUUCUUGCAACCAUGCCGACCCCUGGUUAUGAGAAUGGUGGAUGGAACAACAACAGCAAUUAUCAUGCCCUAAAUGAUGUAUGCAAGAACGAGUACGAACAUGAGCAGGCUCCGGUUGGAUCAGCUGAAGCAUGCUUAUCAUCAUUUGUUCAGAUGUCGGAACUUUGCCCCAGCAUGAGCAAUGGUAGCACCAGGGAUGACAGCCAGCAGGCCAAUCUUGGCAUUGGCAUGUCAAUGCAAACUUUCCCCAAAAGGGGUGGCUUUGAUGUUGUUGCUGGCCCUGAUCGGGACAUUGUCAUUUCCCGCUAUAAAGAAAAGAGGAGGACAAGAAGAUUCGACAAACAGGUCCGGUAUGAGUCCCGCAAAGCUCGUGCCGACAGCAGGCUGAGGAUCAAGGGGCGUUUUGCCAAGGCAAAUCAGAUUAACCCUUGAUCUUGCAGUAUACUAUUAUGCAUCUUGGACCAAAGGAGGAACGCUAAUUAGGAGAGAGUGCAGAUAAUACAAAAAGGCGUCAACAUUUUGUUUGCCUUCAGUGUGGCAGAUGAUAGCUCAUAUACAAACUUGAUAAUGUAUAUCGCCUACAUAUGGCUACGCUAUGUCGAGGAGAGUUGUUUUAUUGCAACCUUUGUAUAUAGUCUUGAAGCUAUGAACUCUAUGAAGUCAGUGUUACUAUUUACAGGCAAAUUAUAGUCAUUAUGGUAUCUUGGCAUGGUUUUUAUGA